AUGACUUGGCUGGAGAAAUAUCUCAUUACACGUGGAGGCCGAUCUAAGCCCACAGACAUCCAAGCACCGAAGAUUGAGUGGCCAGAUACGCCUGUCGACCCCGUCACCCCCUGUCGGGAGGUAUUCAUGGUCCAGAAGAAGCUCUUUGAGGAUCUGGAACGACUGUGUUCCCUGGCUGAGAAGUCCCAGGACACGGCUCUGGUGACUGCGAUCGAGUCACGAUUUUUGCGUAAACAUACACAGCAAUUGAAGAAUCUCGGUGAUCUCCUGCAGCAAGUGGCUCGAGUCUCCAAGCAACCCGGGCUUGGCCUGUAUCUUAUUGACGCAGAACUACGCCAUCAUAACGGCUGCAUCCCUUGGAUGACCCUCAAUAACCCCGAUACUCAUGAUGAAGGAAUCAGGGUCGUGACAAAGAAAAUUAGCGAGGGGCUUGCACUUCAGUCACACCACGGAGGUGGUCAUGAAUAA